UGUGACUCUGCAGCAGCAGCAGCGGCGGCUGCUCUCAGGGUGUUCCGCAGGGCAGUAAUAAUGUGAAAUACUGUAAAAUGUCUCUGCAGAGAGUCGGGGGGCUCGGCCGCUCGCUGUGGCAGGGCGGCAGCAGGACUCCGCCGCUGGCCCGGAGACACGGAGCCUUCUCCAGCCGGAGUGCAGCGCCCCGCUCCGCCUGCACUGCAGACCCGAGCUGCGGGGACGAAGCCUGCGGCAGCAGCUGCUGCCCUCCACCUGCCCUGCCUCCUCCUCCUACACACCCCGCCGCGGCCUCCAGACUCCAGCGUGCGGGGAAAGCGCGCUCUGAGGAGGCGCUGAACGUGUCCGGGCGCUCCUUCUCCUCCACAGCGCUGAAGGUGGAGCAGAAGUCCUACCUGUGGGCUCGGUACAGUGAGAUGAAGCGGCUGGUGCACGACCUGAUUCCUCCUGGAGUGUGUAACCUGCUUAAUUCCUCCACCAUUUAUGCCAAUAACGAGGUCAGUCUUUCAGAGGUGGACAUCUAUGGCUUUGACUAUGACUAUACACUCGCCCUGUACUCCAACGCUCUGGAUGCCAUGAUCUACACCACAGCCCGAGACUUCCUCAUCGAACACUUUAAGUACCCACAAGGCAUCAAAAAGUACGACUACAUCCCUAACUUUGCUGCACGGGGCCUUCACUACGACAUCCAAAAGGGACUUCUGAUGAAGAUCGAUGCCUUCCACUACAUUCAGCUGGGGACAGUGUACAGGGGUUUGAAUGCAGUGCCAGAUGAGGAGGUGCUAAAGCUGUAUGAGGGAACUCACCACGUGCCCCUGAACCAAGUCAGCGGCUUCUAUGGAAAGGGUCCAAAUGUUAAACAGUUCAUGGACGUCUUCUCUCUUCCUGAGAUGACCCUUCUGGCUGUUGCAAACGACUACUUCAUCUCUAAUGACAUCGAGUACGAGCCUGUGCACCUGUACAGAGACGUCUCGGAAGCGAUUGGCAUGGUGCACAUUAAAGGCUACAUGUACAAGUGGAUUAUGGAAGAUCUGGAAAAAUACAUUCUCAGAGGAGAGGAGACAUAUGCAGUGCUUCACCGGCUGGUUAGUCAUGGGAAGAAGCUGUUCCUCAUCACAAACAGCCCUUUCAGCUUUGUUGAUAAGGGGAUGAGAUACAUGGUCGGAAAUGACUGGAGAGAUUUCUUUGAUGUCGUCAUCGUUCAAGCAGACAAGCCCCAUUUUUUCAAUGAUGCCAAACCAUUCAGGCGCCUGGACAGCCAAGGGGACCUCCAGUGGGAUAAGAUCAAUAAUUUAGAAAAGGGUCAAGUCUACAAACAGGGAAAUCUCUUUGAUUUCCUCCGACUAACAGGCUGGAGAGGGUCCAAGGUGCUGUACUUUGGAGACCACCUCUACAGUGACCUGGCGGACCUGAUGCUGCGUCACGGCUGGCGUACAGGGGCCAUCGUUCCUGAACUGGAGCUGGAGACGAAGGUGGUGAACACAGAGCAAUAUGCUCAGAGUCUCACCUGGCUACAGGCCCUCACUGGACUGCUGGAGCGCAUGCAGAUGUAUAGAGAUCCCGGCUCCAGAGAGGUUCUGCAGGAGUGGUUGAAAGAGCGAGAAGAACUACGCGCCAGAACCAAGAACCUCUUCAACCCACAGUUCGGCAGCAUCUUCCGCACGUGCCACAAUCCCACCUACUUCUCCCGGCGCCUCUGCCGCUUCUCCGACCUCUACAUGGCUUCUAUCAGCUGCCUGCUGAACUAUGACCUUUCCUACACCUUCUACCCACGCCGCACGCCCCUGCAGCACGAAGCCCCACUCUGGAUGGACCAGCUCUGCACUGGCUGCAUGAAGACCCCCUUCCUGGAGGAGAUGGCACACAUUCGCUAAUAGUUUUUUUUUAGGAGAUAUACAGUUAGACCCAUAAACAUUUGGACAGUGACACAGUUUUAUGAUUUGGGCUGUGCAUGCCAGCACACUGGAAAUUAAACGAAACAAAGUUAAUGUAACUAAAAUGUAGACGUUUAGGUUUACAUAAAAGGGUUAAAUAAAAAUAUCCUUUAAAGCAUUUAGGAAUUACAUCCAUUUUUCACAAAGCAUUCUCAUUUCAGGAGUUUUAAAGUAAUUGGACAAAUUAUCUAAAAAGCUGUUUUACAGACUGCAUGACCCAGCUGUUUUAUAGGCUGCAUGAGCUAUUUCCUCCUCAAUCCAUCAUCAGUUAGGCAGGUAAAAGGUCUGGAUAUGAUUCCAGUUGUGACAUUUGCAUUUGGAAGUGAAACAGACCAUCAUUAGACUGAAAAAAAUAAGAAAUUCAUUAGAAAGGUGCAUUUUUGUGAAAAUAAAGAGUGCAGUGGUGAACUAAGGAACUCAAAAAACCCUGGUCCUCCAAAGAAGACAACAGUGGGGGAUGUUUACAGAAUCCUUUCCAUGGUGAAGAAAAAAAACCUUCACAACAUCCACCCAAGUAAAGAACACUCUGCAGGAUGUAGGUGUAUCUUUCAUAAAGAGAAGAUUCAUGAGAGUUAAUACAAAAGGUUCACCACAAGGUGCAAAUCAUUAAUAGAAAGGGCAGAUUAGACUUUAUCAAAAAACAUCUAAAGAAGCCAGCCCAGUUCUGGAACAGCUUUCUUUGGACAUAAGAUCAUUCUUUGGAAACUAAGAUCAAUCUGUACCAGAAUGAUGGAAAGGAAAAAGUAUGCAGCAGGUUUGGAAAAGUUGGAUACACAGCUAACCACAUCCUCUGUUAAACAUGGUGGUGGUAUAGGCGUGCAUAGCUUCCAUUGUCACUGAGUCACUGUUGUAUAUUAAGGAUGUGACAGAAGCAGAAAGAUAAAUUCUGAAGUGUACAGGGAUUUACUCUCUGCUCAGAUCCAACCAAAUGCAGUAAGGCUGAUUGGAUGAUGCUUCACAGUACAGAUGGACAAUGAUACAAAUCAUACUGCAAAAGCAACCCAGGAGUUUUUAAAGGCACUGAACUGGAAUAUUCUGCAAUGGUCAUGUCAAUGACCAGAUCUGAACCCGAUUGAGCAGCAUUUCAUUCACUUAAGACAAAACUAAAGGCGGAAAAAACCCACAAACCAGCAAUACCCGAACAAGCUGCCCAGAGUUUGGUAAUAUCCUUGAGUUCCAGACUUCAGGCAGUCAUCGUCUGCAAAGGAUUCUCAACAUUAAAUUAUUAAUAAUGAACAUUUAAUUUAUGGUAAAGUUCAUUUGUCCAAUUACUUCUGAGCCCCUAAAAUGAGGAGGCUUUGUAGAUAUAUGAUUGCAGUUCCUGAACACUUCAUAUGAUAUUUUUUUUCAGCCCCUUGAAUUAAACCUGAAAGUCUACACUGCAACUUUAUCUCAAGCUUUCAUUUCAAAUCCGGUGUGAUUGUUUGCAGAGUCCAAAUCAUGAAGAUAGUGUCACUGUCCAAAUAUUUAUGGGCCUAACUGUAUAUAUAGCCUACUAGGCUUUUAGACACUUUAUGGGACUCCUUGGUAUGUUGUUGGACUUGAGGAAAUGUUUGUUCAUUUUAAUUUGGAUGUAAAAGUUAUGUGAUAGACUGGUGUCCAGUCAUCCUGUAGGUUGUUUUGCACAUUGUUAAAGCUCAAAAAACGUCUAGGGACUACUAACAUAUUUUUCGCACUAUAAGGCACACUUAAAAUCCUUUAAUUUUUCCAAAUAUCUUUAGUGCGCCUUAUAAUCCGGUGCACCUUAUGUAUGAAUUUUACCAGUCAGGUUGUAAGGAGAAGUAAAUCCACUCUGCUGAAGUACAGCGUUAUACAGGAGUUUCAGUUUAGUUCUCCAGCAGUAUCAUUAGCUGUUACCCGAGCCAAGCAUUAGCUUAUAGGGCAAAAAAUAUGGUAAGUUAACCAUACUGUAGCUCAAGUAUCUACUACAGUAUUUCUACCAGUAGAGACUAUGACUGUUAGAGCUAGCCCUUAGCUUCUUGCCAUAAAUAUCAAAAUUUGGUAAAAAAAUAAAUAAAAUAAAAAUAGUUAAUGCAGCAAGGAACACUUUCCUAUCAUAAAUAGUUACAAUGAGUCACUAUUUUUACAUAAAGCAUUAACAUCUAGAGCUAGGGGGAAAAAGCUUGUGAAAAUAUUGGCACUGAGUCUAACAGUAGGAAGAGAUCUGGACUUGUGAUGCACUGCAAUGAAAAAUUAAGCAUUUUGCUGAACACUGAACAUUGUUUUUUUUUGCUGGUUGUCAACUGCUUUUUUGUUUGCAUAAAUGAAAUUGGCAAGAGAUAUUUUUCUGCCAUUUUUGGAUAAAUUAUUUCUGUUUCUGAAUAUUUAGUGAAUCUUUACCCUGAACCUGAGCUGCUGUCACUAUUUUCCAUUUUUAACAUCUUACCAAAAUUCUCUCGACCUCCAAAAAGUGAUUUUUUUUAUAACCAUGUGCCCCACCUAUUGGGAAUCUAAUCAUGUGAUCACUAAUUCCUCUGUCUAUAUUUAGUUGGUAGGUAAACUGACCUGUAUCUCCUGAUGACCUAACCAAUGAUGGAGCGCUUCUGUGGCUUUAUGUUAAAAAAAGCAAUUAUGUUUUUUGCAAAAUUUCAUCAAAAGUUUGAGUUUUUGUCUUCUGUCUCUAAGCAAAACUUAACCAUAAAACAGGAGCAUUACUCAAAUGCUUGCCCAUACGUUUAAAAUCAAACAUGAUUAUUCUAUUAAAUAAAAAUUAAAUAGAAUUUUAAAACAUUUAAGUCUUUACAAUUCUUCUUAUAGUCUUCUUUUGUACACUGUUGUUAUAUUUUAGCUUCAUGGCUUAGUGAAGUACAGUAUGAAUAAUCAACCACCAGCCACAGUUAUGUAAAUGAAUAGGUCUAAAUAGAUGUUACCAAAGUUGUGCACUAAUUAUUCUUGCACUUAAAAAAAAGGUAUUGGUUUUAGAUAUUAGUGGUGAUGUCUCUUGUUUUGUAAGCUGUUGAGUGUAUGUUUUAGUGUAAUGCUGUCACGCACAAGAUAAUAGUUGCACUUAUGGUGCCGAAGGUACGCAUAGUGAGUUUGUGAAUUAAAUAAAGAUGAUCAAGACUCAGAUUGCUUAAAUUGUAUAAAACUUGUUGGACUGUAUUUGACAUUAAUUAACAUAAUUGUCAGUACAACUAUAGAAUCAGUUCACUUUGUUUUCUGUUUUUAGAUGGUUAUCUUUUUAUUGUUACUUUUUUUAACAACAGACUGAUUUUGUUCCACUGAUGCCAACUACUACAGACCUCACAAACAGUAGUGAAUACAAUGGUUACUUUGCUGCAAUCAAUGAUAGAUGCAACCAAUAUAAUGUAUGUAAUUUACAAAUGUACUAAUUUUAAUAAAAUAAAAUAUAAAUAUUUAAA